AGAGGUUAACAAAUGUGUACCGACAUGCGCAGACAGGCAGAUAAUUUACCUGUCGUGUAUUAUAUUUUUGAUGUUAAAAUAUAUAUGUAUAUAUCAUGUGAGGGAUAAUAAAUCAUUUAAUUGGAGUCAUUACUCUGAUGACACACACUUUUCCUUAUAAAAUGGCAGCGACAAAAAAUAUCACUAAAAAGACAGUAGACCUUGAAGGUCGAAAUGAAUUCCAUCGGACUAUCGCACUACAGUAUGAAUGUGUAACUGAUUUGCUUAGAGAGUUUCUAGACUUCAAGCUUUUGACAAAUAAGAUCGACUUAAAAAGUUACAUUAAAAAAUGUAGAUUUCAUUUAACUGGAAAAAAGUAUGUUACUGCAUUCCAGGAGGCAUUGUUUUAUUCUGCUAACCCUGACUCUAAAGAUCUAGACGUUUCGACGCUUACUGUAUUACUUUUAGCAAAAUGCAACAAUUGCAUCAACGUAACAAAAGCGGAAACAAAGUACAUAGAAAAACUUCGGGAGCAUAGAAACACCCUGGCUCACAACAUUUCUGGAAAAUUAAAUGACACCACAUUAUUUGUAGAAACAAGUAAUGAUAUGAUGGAUCUCUCAAAAUCCCUAAAAGCGACAGUCCAAAAUAAUUUGAAAGCCUGUAUCGAUGAAUUAAAGCAAAGGGCCUGUGUAAGAAUUCAUUCCAAGCUCGAAGUUCUAAAAUUCAAUACUGAACAUCUUCAAAUAACUCUUACAUACAUGGAAGAACAUGGCGAUGUUGGUGAUAAUACAUUUAGAGAAGCAAUUCUGAAAUUCAACCUUUCACGUUGGUCAAAGCAGAUAUCACGUGGUAUUGACAUGUCAAAAAUGUUAACAGAGUUAGGUAGACUGAAACUUUUCAAAGAGGAGAUAUUACAAAAGAUCAAAGGUUCAGAGUAUGAAUGUAACACAGCAGAAACAUUCAUCGAAUUUCUGAUCAAAGAAGGGAGCAAAUUUGAAAUAUUGCAGUGUUGUAAACUUCUUCGUGAACAAGGGAGACAAUGCGAAAAUCUGGCUGAUCUGAUUGAAGGGAAAAAUACAGAUGGAGCCGACACUGUUGACGAAAUAGAGAAAAUAGAGAAGGCAAAGCUAAGAGACGUGCUACAACGUUGCAUAAAAGCUGGCGAAAAUUGCAAUGAAACAUGUGAGGCUGUUCACAGUUAUGUAGAAGAAGUAAUGGACAAUGAAAUACCAUUUUCGUUUCUAAAUGACAUGAUGAAAACCACAUUUGGCUGCAGUGAAAAAGAUGGAAGGUUUUACGACGUAUCAUUGAUAAAAACAUGCGGUACUGAAAGCAAACCAAAGGACAUGCUUGAUGAAUAUGCCAGUGUUGCUGCAAUGUCGUUUGAAGAGUACGCAGAGUAUAUAGGUAAUCAUUUUCGGUCUAUUAGUAUGGCUGUCUGUGAAAAUAUUACUAAAGCUAUCAAAGACGAAGCGGUGCAACUUGAGCUUUUCCUUGAACUGACUGAUGAAGAUAUGAAUGAGCUUUUUGGUUAUUAUUUAAAAUCCAAACCACUGAAGUUCGGUAUAAAGAAACAGCUGCAGCUUCUUCAAAGUAAACUGAAAAGCCGGUUGAAAAAUAAUAAAAUGGCGUCGGAAGAUAAAUGUGAACUUAGAAGGUUCGACAAGCCACUUCACACAGAAUAUCUUAAUUUGGAGGUAAGUUAUCCAUCAGGUGGAGACCAAAAUGCCCCUGCACACGAGUUUGUUUAUACAGGGUUUGCGGUUUUAUCAAAAUAUGUGGUCGUAAAGAAUACUGUGCGAUUUAUUUCCGCUUGUCUAAAUGCUAGAAAAAAUGGGACUAUCCAUUUUGGAAUAGAAAGAACAGGACGGAAUACAGGUAAAAUUGUUGGCGUGAACAAUACAUCACUGCUACGGUCUAUAGAUAAUGUUGUUCUAACUGGUAUUCAUAGGUGUUUUUAACACCUUAGUACCGCACUUCGAAGAAAUAUAAUAAGGUGCACAAGACCAGCACAGCUAAUAAAGGUAAAGCACGAAAGUCUACUGGUAGUUGAAAUAGACAUUGUGCCAUUCCAUAAACAUUUAUCUGAUUCAUUCUACACUGUUAUGUUCCCACCAAGCGGACCACAAACAGAAUUAUUCUUCCUGUACGAAGAAGGACCAAGUUGUGACAUUGUCCAAGUAGAAAACUCCAGAGUGGAAGCCGUGAAGAAAAAUUUGCAAGACUCUCUGAGAGAAAGGCAGUUAUUAGACGACGAGACAUUGCGUAGAUAUCGCUCUGAAUCCGAUCGUGCUUCUUUUCUGAUGUAUGAACUAACAAGAGGAGCCGAUUACAUCACAGACGUUUUCUUUCCAAUAAUAUGUUCUGGGAAUAUGAAUUCAGAUAAUUUUGUGAACUACCCUGGCUUACAAGAUGCCUUCCAAAAUUCAUGCGCAGUGUUCGACUUUGGUUCUUCAACACACUUGCGCAAGAUAAUGGAAGAAGGUAAUCCUUUAUAUACAGUGAACACUGUCAAAACACUUUCAGACUUCGAAACCGAUGAAAAAGAUGUUUCAUUUUCAGACAAGGAAAAGCCUUGGAUAUACUGCAAUGGGAAUGAUGACACCGGAAUUGAAGUGCUUGAUGCAGAUUCCUGGACAGACAAAAGACUUAUCCCCUUGGAAAAUAUUUUACGUUACAUGAAGUCAAAAAUACCCUACCAACGAGCAAAAAUUAUUUUUCUUGCUUUCGAAGCAUACGGAUGUAAAAACCCAAUAGUUACGUUUGCACGUGAGGCUUUUAUACGCAACUUCAAACACCAGUGUAUUAUUAUCGGCGAGACCGCUGAUGUUCUUGAACCAUUCGACAAUGAAAUAUCACGUCAGAUUGGAAAUGAGAAGGUAUGCAAAUAUUUAUUUUCUGGUCUAACUUGGUUUGACAUUGCAAAGGUUUUUCGGAAGACAUUCAAGGAAAGUUCUGACUCUGUAUGCAAAAUUCCAAAUUCUUGCGGAACAUUUGACGAAGUGUCGCACAAGGAAAGAGAACGCUGGAAAGAUCUUGACAUACUAAGCAUGGAGGAAUGCAUUAAUGAAGGAAAACAGAUGAAAGAGAAUGAAAGAAAAGCAAAACAAAAGGAAGAAGAAACUAGAUUUUAUCAAGGAAAAAAGGCUUCCUGGUGGAAUUUUUAUUAUGCGCAUCACGGAGAAAGAGACCUUUUUAGUAAACUUAGAUCUUUAAUUGAAAAUAAAUUGACAAGAAUGCACGAUGUGACAUUAGUUGAAUCAGUGGAAUUAAGACACGAGCCUGGGGCUGGGGGAAGUAUAUUGGGAAGGCAUUUGAUAUGGUAUUUUAGUCAGUCCCGUUGCACAAGCAAACCCUUAAGAUGCUGUGUUAUAAAGCAAAUAACCGAAAACACUGUUAGGGAAAUAGAAGAGUUUCGACAGUACAACGACAAUAAACCAAGACCUGUGAUUAUUCUUCUUGACGAUGAACCAGAUGGUAAUAUGUUCUUCCAGAAAGGUUUACAACAACUUGCGUACAAAACAGCAUCACCAGGGGAACUAUUUGGUAUUGUCAUUAAUGUAUCCAGAGUUUCUCUGACAGACGAUCUUGUUGAAGAAGCUGCAGAUGGACGGGUUGAAGUAAAGAACUGUUUAAAACAUCGAUUAACAGAAAGAGAAAAAAUAUGGUUUGAAAAUAAAUAUAAAGAAUUGGAGAAAUCAGAAUAUGUUGACGUUAAUACUCUUAUAGCUUUCAACGUCAUGAGAAAUUCUUUUGAUAAAGAAUACAUACGAUCAACAGUUGACAAAAUUAUGGAUGAAGUUACUUCGAAUGAGAUAGAUAUUCUCAAAAUUUUGUCAUUAGUCUGUACGUAUGAAAUCGGGACGCUUGUCCCUCACAGUAUAUUUGACUCCAUUGUUGGGAUCCCUAUAUACCCAAAGCCGACAAAAAUCGGACAAGGCAAACUGUUUGGUUUUCGACAAAAUCGUGGAAGACUUGGACGACCCCCUGAGAUUUUGAACUCUAAAUCACCGAGUUUAUUUGUAUGCAGAUCGGGAUAUGAGCUGAAAAAAAGGGGCUUGCGUAUCAUAUCUCAGCCUCUGGCAGAAAUUAUUUUGCGUCAUAUACAGGAAAGGCAAAAUUUGACACUUGAAGAUAUAGUAUUGUUUAUAAUUGGGCAAAUAGAGAAGCCAAGUUCAAAAGACAAUACUGAUUCAAAGCGUUUUGUAGAGGUUGUUUGCUCUCUAUUCAAAACAAGAGAAGAUAGCGGAAAAGGAAGAGACGGAAUAAAAGAUAAAUUCUCGCGAUUAAUAGUUGCAUUUCUUGAUAGAAAAAAUGCAGUCAAUGUAAACGACGGGAUAGACAGUGUUGUAAGAGUCAUGGACAAGUGUUUCAAAAUAACUGGUGACGCCUUUGUUGGUCAACAACUUGCCAGGUUCCACAUUAUCCACACAAAGAAUUUCAGAGAUGCUGAACAAGCAAUUUCCGAAUCUAUUGAAAUGUGCCAAAAUAACUCAUAUUUGCUUGACACUAAAGGUCAAGUUUUUAAAACCAACAUGGAGUAUUUAAAAGAAAUAAAUUGCCCACAUGCCCAGAAAAUGAGUAAUGAGGUUGCCAAAGAAGUGAUUACAUUGGCUUUUAAAGCUUUAGAUAUCUUUGCUGAAGGUCAAAUAAUAACCCAAGAGUACGAACGAGACAGGUGCAAUUUAAGUUGCUACCAUAUGGAAGUUAGAACACUAGUUGGACUGUUAGAGAUGUUUGAAACAUUUGAAUGCUUCACAAACAAUGACGACUUACUUGAAAUUUUAACUAAUCCAGGGGUAGACGUAAAUAGCUCUUGUUUAGCAGUUCUUAAUGAAAACUGUUAUAUAAAUGACAUUGUCAUAGGUGGAAAAAGACAAAUACACGCAGCCGAUGCAUUAAGAUUCGUAGAAGAGAGGGACUAUCAAGUAAAGAAAUUCUAUACAAUUUACACGCUGGAAGAUGUUCUUUUACUCAGUUUACGGGAGAGGUACGAGAGGUUUUACAGGAGUCAUGGUGGAAAAUAUCAACUGAAAUUUGGUUACGGGCUUAAACCAUUGAUGAAAGCCAUGAAAUAUCAGGACCAAGAACUUGUACAUCACAGAUAUUUGGAAGCAAAAAUGAAACUCGAAACUUGCCCAGUUGAAUUUGCCGACACUAGAGACCUUCUGUUCUACAUUAGUUACAGCUUCAUAAAACUUCUAACUGAUGUUUUAAACAUAGAAAACAAAGAAUAUCGACAGCUUCUCAGCUAUUCAACAAAACUUCUUGAUACGCAAAGGGAGGAAAAGAGACCGUACCUAGAAGCAUUUUUGUUUUAUGCAAUAUUCCAUUGGCCAUUAAAGGAAAGGUUUAAAUUUGACUCUCUGUCGAAGCCAGCUACGUACAUUAAUAUGAUGGACCUUUGGGAAGAAAGAUAUUUAAGCAAUAACUAUAUUAAAACCAGAGAUCAAAUGAAGGCAAAUAAAGGUAAAACCUAUUUCGCAUUGAGUAAGGAUCAUCUCGGUGUGAUAGACUUGUUUGAAAUCGAAAUGGAGUGGCGGGAAAAGAAAGAAAAAGAGGAAGGAAGAUCGCGUAUGCAUGUGUACAAGGAUUACUUUUGGCGUGAGCCGUUUGUGGCUGAACGACUUCAGAGACUGACAGGUACUCUAGACGACUCUGGAACCACAAUUAGUCAUAAGGUGACAUAUCCUGAAGCAACUCACGUUUUCUUGAUAAAAGCGUUUUAUCCCUCCGCUCAGCUACGGAAUCGACAAGUAACGUUUGUGCUAGCAUUUACAUGGAGUGGACUUAGAGCGUUUGAUGUCGUUGAAAAUUCUGAAAGUAUCGCUAGCAAUGGAAAAAGCGAAAAUGGAGAGAAAUCACGCGAACAAAAUGCUGUAAUUGUUUCAAAGUUCAGAGAGACAGACCAACUACAACGUAAAUUGGUGCCACAGGAUGGAGAUCAAGACAAGGCCACGUUACUAGAACGUAUUUCCCCAAAGAAAUCAUACGAUUCUGAUAAAAGAACUCGUAGAAAUGGAGAUGGGACUAAAUUAAAAGACUUCCAUCUACAAUCUUCUAAAAAUAAACCGUCAAAUAACGGAAAACUAACAACGAGUCCCAGACAACAAACCGAAUAUAAAUCGCAGAAGACAAAUUACGGUAUAUCCGCCGGUUUAUUAGAGGAGCAGCGAAGUCUUAAAUCCAGAACUGUUACUACACCUCUGGAUGUUCAGCAGGAACCCUAUAGUUUAAAACGACAAGAAAAUGAUGCCAAGCCGCUCAUUUCGAUGUCACAGUUUCCUGAACUUGUGCAUGACACUUCCAGUGUAGAGAACACAAGCUAUUCUGACAGACGUAACAUUAAUGUGAAAGAUGUACCCGGUGAAAGAGAAAAAAGAAAGGAUGAUAGCCAUAACACAAGACAAAAACGAUUAGAUUACGCUGCAGUUAUCAAGGGGAUACCUGAAAACUAUUUACCUGAUAGACAGGAAGUACCAGAUGUUACUGUUACAGGAGCUUGUCAAAAGAAUGAAGCUUUGGCUUCACAGGCGACAUGUUUUGAUGACAACGAUUACUGGGAUAACUUACAGAAAGAAGUAACGAGUGCAGAUUGGGAAAUCAAAGGUAAGAGAAGUGGGGGUUAUGGAGGUUUGGAUGAAAUGUCAAUGUCUGGAACGCACGAAGUACAUGGAACUAAAUUCAAGAAGAUUGAAACAGGGCUUCCAAUUACGAAAGAUAAAGAAUCAACGCAAAAAGAAUUCAAAACGGCUAAAAAGAAGAAAAAGAAGAGAAAGAAGGACAAAUUGGAAAGCAAACAAAGUGAUACAGAGAAACUAUUUCUUGACGAAAUAGAUUGAUAGUGUAAAUAGUAAGCAUCGACAAAAUUUGUGUUAUUUACAAUUAUAACUUAGUAUAUUUUUGCUUUAUUUAUUUUCAAAACAGAGACACAUAUUUAUCUUAAAGGAGCUCUAAGGAGGUCCAAAAGCAUAAAAACAUUAAAUCUUGAAAACUUAACGUAGAUCAACUGGAUAUUUAAAAUACAGAAAUAUGCUCAUAAUAAAAAUCUUCUUCCAAUUUGUGUUAGAUUUGUUUAAAUAGUUUUCAUUUGUAAAUUUUUUGCACUAUAAAAAUAGUUUUUCUUGAAAAAGCGAACGAUCAAAAACAAUCAACACAGUAUAAAGUUUUCCUUUUUAGAUCACAGUUAUUCAAAGUCAGUAUAAAUUGCAUAUAUUGUUCUCACCAUAUAUUUAACUUAUGAAGCAAUAAUUAUAAAUGACAUUUUAAGUUAAGUGUUAGAAAAACUUCUGACAUGACUUGGAAUGUAAUAUUCUGCUGUAAAACAAAAAAUUCCUUCUUUUCAGAAUCGAAAUAUGUUUUGAUAUAAUUAUGCAAUAUAAUUCUGAUUAUUAGAUUAGGGAAUGUCGGCGCGUAUGUGUGUGUGCAGGCGUAGUAGUGCCUUUCACUACACUUUUGCAAAGUUCAAGCAUUUACUACAAUGUUGAUAAUAACUCUUUAACAGUACCUGAUUAAAAAUGAAAUUCCAGGAGAAUAUCGCUUUGGUUUGUGACAUAACGGGACUGAAAUAAUCUUUCGAGAUCAAUGAACUAUUUGAUGUACGUCUUGGCCAUUAACUGGCUUGCAAAAUUUAAGAUCAUUCGCUCACUCUGUUGAUUUUUCCUUAAUAAUAUUAUGUCUCAUUGUCGAAGUUUACUCGAAAUGGAUAAGUGUUGAAAUGCCUUCACUCAAAUCGGGCCUUUCCUUGUUGAUCUUGUUUACCAUAUUUUAGAAUAGAACAAAAGACGAUAUUCAGUGUUUUCAGAGUAUAUGUUUCAAUUAUCAUGUACAUGUCUUUCUGUUAAAAGUGUUCUAGCUGAUAUCUGUAAGAAAUUCAAAUUUGGUUUUUAAGUUUAUUUAUCUCAUUAGAGUUCCUUCAAUAUGUUUGAUAUUCUAAUAUUUGUAUGCUUCCCGAAACGCUUACGGAACAUAGUUUUAUGUCUGCAUGCCUCAUUUCAUCUUCCUCGUUGUAUUUUACAUUUGAGCUCACCUUAGCACAAAGUGCUCAGUGAUAAGCGUUUGUGCUGGCAGUGUUCCCGGCGUCCGUCAUUAAUCAUUGUCCAGUAUUUCUUAUAUCAACAUCUCCUUAACCGCAUAAUAGAUUUGGUCCAAAUAUUACAGGAAUUAUCCUUAAGUGUCCUCUUAAAGGUUGUUUAUAUGGUUCCAGUCCGAUGCAUAAGUCUGUCAAAGGAGCUAAAUUUAGAACCUAAAACGAGAUAUCAAAAAAAUUAGAAGAAAUAAUGCUCAGAGCUUAAAUUUUAAGCUUUCUUUUAUGAAACUGCAAUAUCUAGAGUUGUUGCAAAGUUAUAUAAAUCACGCCCCAAGUAUCUAUAAAUGCUACGGUUAAAACUGUCCUGUCCUGGGGUGGGGUCACUUUGUUUAAUAUAUGGUUAAACAAUUGAUUAAUUAAGUAUGUAAAUGACACAAUGCAAAAUGCUUAGACAUAUAUCAUGAAGCAAUUUGUAGCAGAUGUCUACAUCUUUUUAAAUAAUACAGCUAGGAGAAAAAAAGACAAACCCAAUGUGUCUUUUUCCUUUUUUAGCAUGUACCUCAGGUAAGCAAUCGCGGGCAAUCAUAACCCUCUUGUUACUGCUUUGUAGAAAUAAUGCUUGUUUUGUGUCAUAACCUUUUUAAGCCUAAUGCUUGAUCAUGAGUGAGAUAUAAAUGUCUAUGCCUACAAAGACGGAAAUGAUUGACUUAUUUUUCCUAUAGAAAUGCAUGUUUUUUGUUUUUUUAUUGUCAAAACGACAAAUGGAAGCAUCUUUUAAUGUUCGUGAUAUUAUCGUUUUUAAUGUAAUCUAUGUUGUCUUAUGAAAAAACCUUAUGUGUAUAUAAAUAAGAAAUCAAUUAAAGUUUAUUCCAUAUUUUACAAAUUGUAAAGAUAUAAAUUAAUACAUAAAUAUUUUGUUACUGAUGAUAAGUUUA